AAGUCGCGAAUCAAGCAGCGGGGCAGUGCCGACGCGAGCGCCGACCGGCCUACGCGCACGCGAAUAUCGCUCGCGUUAACCGUACGGAUUUGCGGAUACCCAUUUUCACACAAAAUCCUUUUAGAGCGCCUUAACGGUCGGUCUAUAAAUAAAUCUGUAUGUCCGCCUUUGUGCCGCCGGUGAUCUACUCGCAGCUAUCACGAAAUCAGUGCAGAUCCCGUUCCUAAAUUGUAAACAGGACGUGCGCGAAUUAGAUUAUGUAUUCGGGACUACAUAUUUACAUGAAUGAAAAGAGUGUAUUUCUGCGCUAUAUGCUUAAGAUAUAUUAAGCGACCAUACAAUAGUUAUUAGUGAAACGAUCGUGAGAAGUGUAGGAAUGAACAAAGUGUACAAACUCUAAUCGGGAAGUGACACUUUGUAGAAAGUGUCAAAAGUGAAGUGACAGUAACUUUUUGUUGAAAAUGUAUCACAACGGCCGCCACGGCAGCAGCACGUCUACGUCAUCGGGCAGUUCUGAUCUGAGGGUGUCGGGUGCUAUUGAGCUGUCGGACCCGGCCAAUUCUGCGGAGAUAUUACAACGGCUGCAGAAUUCGGACAAGGCACGAUUCUCCGACACGAGUUGGCAGAUUCAUCGAACCUGGGCCCGCAAUGGCGAUCCGCUCCACAUCUCGCCGCCGCCGCCGAGGACUGAGCACUCGCUCCCCGCGUCCGCCGACACUGUGGCCUCGCCCCUUCGCAACGACCAGAACGGCAUCUAUGACACCAUCACGACCCGAGCAGUCAGCGCCCCGGCAACAUCUGCGACGCCUUCUUUCGCGAGAGAAUAUGGUGGAGUCCGAUCAGUGAGUUACCCCGGGCCGGGCGGCGCAGGCUCGCGACUGGACCUGUGCUACGUGGCGGAGCGUAUGCUGGCGCUGCAUCUGCCUGAUAGAGACGCGCAUGCGGAAGCUCAGGCGGCUCAUAUGCUGAACAACAAACAUGGAGAACAUUACAUGGUGUUCGAAGUGAGCGCGGGUGACGGAAGCAAUGAUGGGCAUGCUGCAAGAAACGUGUUCGGACGCGCCAGAUCUUUGGGCUGGCCCGGAGAUCUGGCCCCGCCGCUCGAGCGACUCUGUGCCGCCUGCAAACACAUCGAGAGUUGGCUCGCAGCUCAUCCGAAGAACGUCGCCAUACUAUUAGCCUGGGGUAACCGCGAAAGGCUCGGCGUGUUGGUAGCAGCAUAUAUGCACUACUCAGCGAUAUGUGGCGCCCCCGAGCACGCACUCGAUCGGUACGCCAUGCGGCGAUACCUCGACGACCGGGUUCCCAUGUUUCAACUGCCUUCUAAUAAACGAUAUAUCGACACGUUCGCCGGGUUGCUGGCGGGUCAGAUACGCGUGAACGCGGCGCCGCUGCAGCUCACGCACGUGAGCGUAGCCGGCUCGCUCGCCGCGCCCACCGCGCCCACCAUCGCCUUUCUGAAGAUCUACGAGAACUAUACCUGCGUCUAUACAUCCGGUCUGUACAUGGUGAACGGCGGCGGCUGGACGGUGGGCGUGGGGCGGCUGGCGCUGCGCGGCGACGUGCUGGUGCGCGCGUACCGGCGGCCGGCGCACGCGGCGCACCACGCGCAGCGCCACCUGGUGUUCGCCUGUCAGUUCCACACGUGCGCCGUGGCCGACCACACGCUCUCCUUCACUAAGCAGCAGCUUGACCACGCUGUGCACGAUCCAUCGUUCCCAAGUGAUGGUGCAGUGGAGCUAGUGUUCGCUCGUGGAGACGGCUCAGGCGGCGCCGCGCCCGCACCGACGCCCGCAGCGCCACUGCGCGCCGCACCCGACGCGCUCGCCCGCGCUGACUCGCUCGAACACCUACGACCACUCUCCACACUCACCGAUGAUGAACCUGGUGACCACAACGGCAGCGCCGAGGGCUCCGGCUCGGGCGGGGAGGCGGGCGAGGGAGCGGAGGCCGCGCACACGUUCGGGCCUCUCGACGGGUCCAUCUACGCGACAGUAGUGCGCGCGGGCGGCGGGCCCUCGUCUCCGCUCAGCGCCUCGAUGGACUCGGGGAUAUCGUCGGCGGGCCGCCGCGCCGCCCCCAGCCCGCCGGACGAGCUGGACGCGCUGCUGGGGGACAUGCUGCGCACCGUGAGCGCGCUGCCCGACCCGCCGGCGCAGUCGCACGCGGACCGCGCGCCCGACAUACCGUACCACGCGCGCGCCGACUCCGCGCCCUUCACGUACGGCGCGCCCGGCCUGCGCCCCGGCAUGCUACGCGCCUCCAACCGCCUGGCCAGCCCGGAGCUGGUGCGGCGGGCGCUGGGCGGGGACCGCGGCUACCGGGUCAUCGAGGACGAAGACGACGAGCGCACCGCCACCCCGGAGCCGUCCCCACGCACCCCGCUGUCGCCGCGCACGCUCCGCAAGCUCACGCACGACGACGUCACCACCACCACCACCACCACCACUACCACCGUUGCUCCGCCGUCUUCGCCUCUACACAAUGGAAGAUGGCUGAAUGGUGACGCCGAAUGGAUCGAACGUACGCCAAGUAGCGCAAGAAAACCCGCGAGCGAAAACGGAACAUGGCGAUCUAACAGUACUCUGGGAUGGCACGAAUCCUCAAGAUCCAGGGAACCACGCCGCUCGGAGGGCAACAACGUUGAGACGAGUUCGGGCCUGACAUGGCUGCAGAGACAGCAACAGAAGCUGCGCGAGAGGAAAGAGGCACGGGAGAGGGUCGCUCGACUGCCGCUCGAGUGGGACGCUCCUUCCCGACACGUGCGCAGAUCAGCUAGCCACCGUGUGGACGGGUACACCAGUGACACAACAGCGUUCGCAGAUGACGACGACGACUUCAGUGUACCCCUGCACGUCAACACGCGCACUGCUCUCCGGACUGACAGCAUCAGUCCGCAGGCUCCAGACAGGACCUCAUCUAAGAAAUUCAUGUAUGAAAAGAUGACGAUGCGCGAGUGGAGUGCGAACAGUACGCCGACGAGCACUCAAGCGCCUGGUUUAUUGUCGCUAGCGGAGCCCAACAACAACGACACACUUAUCCGAGAAAGGUCCGAGAGUUGGUCCCGCACAGAGUCCCGCGCCGGCACGCCCGCAUUCCCCACGCACCCGCGCACGCCCUACCCGCCCACGCCCACCCCGUCGCUCACUGCCAGGCCGCCACGGUCGCCGACAGUCACCAGAAAAGAGCGCGAAGGCAGCCCCGAGUCGGAGUACCGCACGUACAACGGCAGCAGCGGCUCGCGGCGCUCCAGCGUGAGCGGCGGCGCCGAGCCGCAGCACGUGGCGCCCGACCGCGUGCGGUUCGCGCGCGACACCAGCCACUACUGGUACAAGCCCAACAUCUCGCGUGACGACGCGGUAGCAGCAGUACAGCAACUAGAAGAAGGCGCAUUCAUAGUUCGCGACUCGAACUCGUUCCCGGGCGCUUUCGGGCUGGCGGUGCGCGCGGGCGGCGCGGGCGGCGUGCGGCACUUCCUCAUCGAGCCGACCGCGCGCGGCGUGCGGCUGCGCGGCUGCCCCGACGAGCCGGUGUUCAGCUCGCUGUCUGCGCUGGUCUAUCAGCACACUGUCACGCCAUUGGCUCUGCCGGUGCCAUUGAAACUGCCUGACAGAGACCCAUGGAUAGGAGGCAGUGCGAGUGCAGCCGCGCGCGCACUGUUGGCGACAGGAGCUGCGUGUAAUGUGCUUCUACUGGGGUCUGAAAACACCGAGGCACUGACUGGCCCUGCUGCUGUCAAACGAGCCGUCCAAAACAUUCUACAGAAAAAGGCUGCAGCCCACGUGGUCCACUUCAAAGUGUUUGGCGGCGGUAUCACGCUGACGGACUCCACGCGCAAGCUGUUCUUCCGAAGACACUACCCGGCCACUGGCGUCUCCUACGCGGGCCUGGAUCCUGACGAGCGGAGAUAUACCUACCUCGACAACGGCACUCAGCAUGAAAAACGUAUAUUCGCAUUCGUGGCGCGCGCGUCUUCAGGAGCUGACAAUCAGUGCCACGUGUUCGCUGAACUGGAGCCUGAACAGCCCGCUACUGCUAUCGUCAACUUUGUCAAUAAGGCUCUGCUCGGAAACUCUCAGAAAAGGGAUAUUAUAUGAAACGCUCAUUCCAAAUAAGCGUGUAGUUUCCUAGUUUCAUUCGGUUUAGUGGAUUAACAAUACUCACUGAUAAGUGUAAAACACGAAAAUAAUCUACGAAUUCAUACAUCGAUUCCAUCAAUCAAAAUAUAUUUGAUUUUGUCUAUUUUUAUUCCACUAAGUACACAUAUUAUAAAGAUACAAUAAUAUAUUGUGAAAUGAUGAAAAUUGAUUUAAAUUGUAAGUUUAAUUUUAUGAAUAAGUUAUUUUCAAAGAUUUACUAGUACGCUUCACAUUCACCAAGUACAAUGUACUAUUUUAUUAAUUUUAAUAACAAUGAAAUAUAUAUUAUUAUUAAUUUAGGGUAGUGAGGAACUAACUAGUCUCAUUAUUAGUAUAUUAAUAUAGAGUCAUGUGUGCCUAACAUUAAUUAUGUCAAUAAUAAUGUAAGAAAUCACUUUGUAAAAAAGGCCCUACAGCAUUCUAAAUAGAUAUAAAUAAUAUAAUUAUUAACACGUUGGUAUUAAUAUAAGUUAGACAUGAAGAUUUUGCAUCAAUGAAGUACAAUGGGCUUUUUGCCAAAUAGUACAACGAAAUAACAAAUAAAAAGUACUAUAAAUUGCCUAAUUUUAAAUAUACAGUAAGUAAGUAUACGUAACCAUCAAUGUGUGUAGAUAGGUAUAGUAUUUAUACGUCCACACGAGUAAAUAGAUAAAAUUUAACUGUGCCGGUGUUUCUAAUCUUAUCUUAGGUAUAAUGCCACAAACUUAUCUGACCCGGUGUCCAAAACUGGAACUAACGCAAAGACGAAUAGGAACUAACGUCGUGGCGGUCGCCAUUUUGAAAAACAAGCGCGACAAUCGGAACACCCUCACCGGGUCAGGUAAGUUUGUGACAAUACACACAUAUUGCAACCAUAGAUAAAGCAGAGAAGCAAUAAACAUUUAUCCCACUUCUGAAAAAUGUUUUUUUUGAGCUUUUUUAUUUACCUAUGUAUUAACUAAUAAAAAGAACAUUAGAACGCCUUUUAAAAUUAAACUCAUUACAAGAACAACGUAACAAUUUUAGGCAGCUUUCAAAAAGCUGCUAAAGUACCUACUCGUAGGUACAAUAAUCCAAAUAACUGAAACUUUUUAUUUUUAAUUUUAAGACAAAACACCACGAAUAGUAUAGAUUGUAACAUUUUGUGUUAUAUUAUAUAUUUUGUAUGCUUACAAAAUGAAAUAUUAUGUGGUACACAUUAUUUCAGUAAAAAGCUGUAUAAAAUAAAAUGCCUUACCAGUGAUCUAAAAAUGUUAUGAAUUAAUAUUAUAAGUUAAUGGUUAAAGUGUACCCAGUUAAAAUAAUUAAAAGCUAAUGGAUAUACUUAAAUUGUAAGAAAUAACUGUUGUCAAAUGUAUUUAUUGGUUAUAAUAAAUCAUUUAAAAUAUUA